UGUUCCUCAGUGUAUUGUUCAAGUUUCUGGUUCAACAUGGAUUCCAAUUUUCGGUCCGAUUUUAUCAAAAGUCGUGGGAAAAACGAAAUCGGUGACUCGGAAAAACUACGUGUGUUGACGCUCAAUUGCUGGGGCAUUCCUUACUUAUCAAAAGUGAAGAAAGAACGAUUUGAUGCCAUUGGUCAAGAAUUGAAAAAAGGAAAUUAUGACAUUGUUUCACUUCAGGAGGUUUGGGAUAAAAAAGAUUAUGAAACCUUGAGGGCUGUUUUGGAGAAAAUUUUUCCUUAUUCAUAUUAUUUCUUUGGCGGUGUUUAUGGAACAGGGAUUUGUAUAUUUUCGCGGUAUCCUAUACUCAAAACAUUUGCCUAUCCUUUUGCUGUGAGUGGCUAUCCUUAUGCAAUCGCUCAUGGAGAUUGGUUUGGUGGAAAAGGCGCUUGUUUUGCUUUGAUUGAUCAUCCAAAAAUGAAAAUACACUUCUUUACUUCGCACUUACACGCAGAGUAUGACCGUAACAAUGACGUAUACCUAUCCCAUCGUGUUGUGCAAGCGUAUCAUCUCUCCAAACUGAUUGGUCAAAUCACCGAUCCUGAGGAUUUUGUUUUAUUAUGUAUGAACACAGAGCCCGAGGAUCCAUGUUAUCGCAUACUGAAAGAAUUACCUCAGCUUAGUGAUUGCUGGUUGGAAGGUGGGUCGAAGUCCAAUUGCUAUGGUAAUACGUCAGACAGAAGUGAGAACAUGUUUACAUCAGAGAAAUACGACAAGCACAAAGUCGGAGGUCCUGAGGAUGGCAAGCGUAUAGAUUACAUUUUCUACAGGUCGUUGGAUCAGAGAUGGGAGUGUGACAGUGCAAACGUGACGAUGAGCAAAGUCCCUGGGGCUGAAUUUCCAUUCUCAGAUCAUGAUGGUGUGGAGGCCAGUUUUGUGUUCAAUCAAAAAACGUCGGAAACGCCAGACUUCCCAAGCGACAGUGAAACAGUCAUAUCUGUUCUUUCAGAAGCUACGACUUUAAUCAAAACUGAGCUGAAACAUAUUAACAAACACUUCUAUAAAAAAUGCAUUGCUAUCAUCCUACUUAUCGCUUUUAUAUUGUUACCAGUCUUCCUGCCGGCGAAGGAGGGCUCUUGGUUCCUCGCCAGUGAACCGUUAGGAAGAAUUGUGUAUAUUUACGCAUAG